AUGUCCCCUCUCAGGCUUUGGCUCUUCAUACUGUCCGUAUCCGGCGUCACUAUACUCAAUAUUUUCGUCAAUGGUGCUCUCAUCAUAGCGCUGCCCACAAUGGGUAAAGCGCUGCACUUCACCGAGUCCGAGAUGCAGUGGCCGCUCAAUGUCUAUGCGUUGUCUUAUGGAAGCCUGCUCCUGCUCUCCGGUCGGAUAGCCGACGUGAUCGGCAACAAGCGAAUGUUCCUCUUCGGGACAGGUUGGUUCACAAUCUGGAGCUUCGCCACGGCCGUCUCGCCCAAUAAAUACGCCUUGAUCGUGUUUAUCGCCCUUACCGGCGUCGGCGCCGCAGCGAAUACACCCACAGGUAUCGGCAUAUUCGCCGGACACUUUCGAUCCGGGAAGGUCAAAAACAGAGCUAUAACCGCGCUCGGCGCCGGUCAGGCGAUUGGAUACAUUGUCGGGCUCAUUGGAGGCGGGUUCCUGUGCCAGACGACGUCCCUCUGGCGAGUCAUCUUCUACAUCCAGGGCGGCAUGGCGGCAGUCUUCUUCGUUUUGGGCGUCGUCACGAUACCGGCCGACCAAGCGCACACAAGAUACAAGCUAGGCAUCGACUGGGUCGGUGCCUUCUUAAGUGUCUCCGGGCUUGGCCUGUUGACGUUCAUCCUGUCUGAAUCGACGGCAGUUCGGAACGGGUGGAGGACGCCGUGGGUCCCUGUCCUCUUGGUGGUCUCGCUGGCGAUCCUCGUGCUUUUCGUACUCUGGGAGGCGUACCGGGAGAGGCACGGUAAGUCGGUCAUCAUGCCGGUCAGCAUCUGGUCCAUCCCCGGCGCGAAGAUGGGCCCUGUCGUCGGUGUCGUGUUUCUGGCGUGGGCGAGCUACAACGCGCUCAGUUAUUUCGUCACACUCUACUAUCAGGAGGUCCGCUUGCUGCGGCCGGCGGAGACGUCCCUGCAGACGUUGCCGUUUGCGAUCGUCGCGCUUAUCGCGAAUGUCGUGACGGGCUGGCUGCUCGGGCGGGUGCGCGGGGACGUGCUCAUCGCAGUGGGGCUGCUGGGGACAAUGAUCGCGCCCCUUGUAUUCACGCUGAUGGACAUCCACGCGAGCUACUGGAGAACGGGCUUCCUGGUCAUGAUCUUCAUCAGCUGGACGGACGUCGCGUACACGGUCGGGAACCUGCAGCUGAGCAUAUCCUUCAAGGCGGACUCGCGGGGGGCAUCUUCAACGUCGCGACGCGGCAGCCUGACUCUCCCGCGCAUGGCACUGCAGCUCGGCACGUCGAUCAGUCUGGCGCUGACCUCGAGCGUCGCCAACGCGGUCUCGGAGUCGUACAACGCACGGCACCCCGAGCUCUCCCCGUCCGACCCCGCCGUGCUCGAGGCGGGCUUCCGCGUCGCGGGCUGGAUGUCCUUCGGCCUCACGGCGGCGAGCUUCCUGCUGUGCGUCCUGGGCAUGCGCGGGAUAGGCGUGAUCGGACGUGCCCCGUCGUCGGAGACAGAAGCGGAGAAGAGCAAGCUUUAUCAGUCCCCUAUGGCGAGCGAGAAGACGUUGCAGCCUGCGGAACAAGUGCAGGUUCUUACGGUGGAGGAGUGUCUCGGGGUCGGGGAGAGCGGCGGCGAAGGACGGACGACGGCUUCUGUGGUCCCGGGUCUGGUCUGA